CAAACGGACGAUGGUGAAGGGGGGGGGGGAAGUGGACAGCGUAUAUAAACGUUCUAACCAAGUGGACAUGGAUAUCUGACUUCGAUCUACAAUCAAGCAUCAACUAGCUCCAACAUGAAGGCUUAUCUUUUGGUUUUCCUGCUCGUCGCUGCUCUGGCUUGUUCCUUUGCUGCUCCCCAAUAUGGCCACGGCCACCAUGGACACGGUGGAGGUCACGGUGGAGGUGGAGGCCAUUACGGCCACGGAGGUGGAGGUCAUUACGGACACGGAGGUGGAGGACACCAUGGAGGACAUGGAGGUGGCGGUCAUUACGGACACGGAGGUGGUGGCAAUUACGGACAUGGAGGUGGUGGUCACUACCACCACGGUUAAGCCAAAGCCUCAUAAAUUUCAUCACUUCACACUUCGAAUACCGUAAACAAAAUCAUCACUAUACUUCGCCAAUCAUCAUUUCAUCGAUGACGCACUUCACUCACCCUGUUGUUAAUAUUGUAUUUUUGUAAAUAAACUAGUUAGGUUGAA